AAAAGUGAAUUACUUUGAGUGAUUUGUAAUGAUAAUAUACAUCUACAUAAUUAAAACCUUUUCUCUGGACCAAUAAACACUUGCUUACAAGAAAACUUCCAUCAAAACAAACACAUCAAGUAACUAUGCACUCUGGAGCUGAAAAAGUUGUUGUGAAAUCUGAAGUAAGCGAUGACUAUGUGCUAUUAAAUGAAAAGGUGGAAAUGAAGAUUGAAUAUGAGUUGCAUCAUGCCCAGUGCUCAGUGUCUGCGGAGAGUAUUAAGUGUGAACCAGAAUCACCGGCCGAUGUUUUCCAGGAAGCUCUUCAAUGGAAACAAACUGCUUCAAGCUCCACAGCUUCUGAACCUGUGGCUAAAGAACAGGAUUUGUUGAAGUGUGAUAUUAGUUUUGGAUGCACAAUUUGUUUAGAGGAUUUUCCCCAUGAAGAGGAUUACUAUGCACACAUGAACAUGCAUCUUCAGAACAGCAAAGCUCACAGUGAAUGUGUGACGUCACGAGUGUGUGAGCCUAGUGCAGCUGUGAGCUCAGGCUGGCACUCGCCUCACCUCAUUGAGAACAAUACAAAGGAGCCAGAUGUACAAAUUCCUUCAACGUCCAGUACAUCGAUGGAGACUGAUGAUAUCGUGCCACCAACGUCUGCCAUACCUUUCGCUGUGCCACACACACCCCAUAACGCCAAAGCGCUACGACAAAGUAUGUAUAGAAAACGUAAGGCCGCGGAAAGAACUCCAGCAGAGGCAGCAGAUUUUGCAAAAGCAGCCGCCGAAAGACAACGUAGAUGCAAGCAACGUAGACUCGCCAACUCAGCUCUUGACACCGGCACGCUAGAGUCAGCCACAGUGUCUGCUCCUGUGGUAGUGGAAAGAACAGUUACUGCCCAGACCAGCGCUCAGCGACAACGUGCUUACAGACAGCGUAAAGCUGCUCAAAUUGUUUCACAAAUAAGUACUCCACCGACUCACACAGCAGUGCAACCGGAACAAUCAACCUGGAAUAUCAAAUGGUCGUCGUCAAUAAAGAGGUUUAAAACUACAUUUCUGGACAACGAAUUUGGCCACGCUUGCUCUGUUUGCGACCGAUUGUGGUUCAAGAAUGACCUUAAAAUCAUCACUGCUGCACAACUACAGGUCAUAUCGGAUUGGUUCGUUAAGGAAAAUAGGCAACUACGCGAGGAGGUUUAUACGCAUAUUUGCAACACCUGUAGAUUUUCGCUGAACAAACAUAAGCUUCCUACCCUUGCAAAAGUGAAUGGCUUCUCAUAUCCAGAAAUACCUCCUGGCUUACCGCCACUGGAUCCAAUUAGUGAACGAUUAAUCUCACCACGUCUGCCAUUCAUGCAAGUGCGUCGUCUGCGGCAUGACUUCUCUUAUGGAAUUAUUGGUCAAGUGAUCAACGUUCCAGUCAACGUAGAAGACAUGGUAAAAUGCUUGCCCCGGCAUUUAGAUGAGGACGACGUCAUUAAUGUCAACAUCAAACGGAAUCUCGCACACAAAACAAAUUACAUCAGCGGCUACAUGUCCAAAAGGACAAUCAAAGAAUGGUUGGAUGUACUUCAAAAUUCAAGUCUAUAUCGCUUGUACGAUAUCAAAGUAGAUUUGUCAAGGCUGCAAACUGUCGUGCCACCAGAGGAAGAUUUGCAGGAUGACUCGGCUCAUCGAAUCGAAACAAUCGCCGCCGAGUGUACUCCGGAGUCAGAAAUUCUUGCUUCCAGGCAGCAUACACUACUGUGGGACGAAGAGGAUUGCCUCGACAUCGCACCAGGACAUCGGGCCAUGCCUCUGAACAUCAUUUACGACCGUCAUGCUGAAGAACUAUCAUUUCCUGCAAUAUACUACGGCCAGCCUCGUCGCUUCCACAUGAGAGUUUCAGUGACACCUUACAUGAUGGCAACCAGUGAAUUACGACGAAGUGACAGACGCGGAGCCACGCCUCAAAAAGUCUUGUACGUUGCUAUGAAGAUUCUACGUCUCCGCAUGGUAGAUGGCAUUUACAGCACAUUUCGGAAUGUGUCAACCACGGAAAACGUAACUCGACGCAUGUUGGAGGACCCGGAAUUUCUUAAAGAAUUUGUCGUUCAAAAUCUUGCCUUCAUGAAGUCAGUACCCAAUUCCGUCCAGUAUUGGGCCUCUCGCAAACGAGAUCUGUUUGCGAUGCUCCGUAAACUAGGUAAACCGACCAUAUUUCUCACUUUAAGUGCAAACGAAGUACGCUGGUUGAUAUUACUGAACUUACUCCUCAAAUUGAGUAACAAGUAUCCUGGAAAAGUUGCUGAAGAUCUAAACACGUCAGAGCGGUGCAACUUAGUGAGCGACGAUCCAGUUACGUGCUGCAUAUAUUUCCACAAACUCGUCGGUACAUUGAUGAAUAUGCUGAAGGCAAAACAAUCAUAUAAUCCAUUUGGCCAGUACUUUGUUAAAGAUUAUUUUUUUCGCAUUGAGUUCCAGCAUCGAGGAAGCCCCCACGCACACAUUUUGGUGUGGUUGAAUAAUGAUCCACACGAGGCCGUGUCAGAAAAUAUGCCAAUGACCAUCGAGCUCGUGGAGAAGCUGAGUUCUGUCGCCAAAGAAGAUAUGCCCAACGAGACCAUCUACGCCAAUCAAAUUCACAAGCACACUUUCACCUGCACGAAGCGAGGUGAGACGACUUGCAGAUUUGGGAUCCCGUACUGGCCAAUGCCUGCUACUCGAGUCUUGGUUCCAAUGCCUCAGACUGAUGGACGCCGGUCAACAUUCCAAAAAAAAUCCAAGGAGCUACGAACGUGUCUCAGCGAACGUUCAUACCCUAGCAUGGAUGACUUUCUGAGGGAACAUGGUCUGACAUUUGAUGCAUAUCUUGAUAUAGUACGUUCAACCCUUCGCAGGCCAACUUUGUUGUUUAAACGUAACUUCGAUCAACUUAUGACAAACACGUUCAACCCUUACCUUGCUGGUCAAAUUAAUUCCAACAUCGAUAUUCAGUUUAUCUUAGAUGAAUACAGCUGCGCACAGUACGUCGUGGAAUACGUAAACAAAUCAGCUCGUGGAAUGGGUAACUUGAAUCGAGAGUUGACUAAAAUGAUGGAAGAACAUCCUGACCGCGAUUACACUGGUCAAUUAAAAGCAUUGAGUGUCAAACUUCUCAAUGCAGUUGAAAUGUCGGCGCAAGAAGCAGCAUGGUAUUUGUUACGACAGCCGAUGAGCGAAGCAAGCCGUCAAAUUGUGUACAUACCAACAGUGUGGCCCUCAGAGAGACAACGUUGCCGCAAACGUCGGAAACAAUUGGAUCGCGAAGGAAUCGCAGAGGACAGCACAGACGUGUGGACCAAAAACAUCAUUCAGCGGUAUGAAGAAAGACCUCCAUCUUUGCAAGAUGUAUAUUUGGCCGAGUUUGCGUCGUGGUAUGCUAACUCUCGUGAUUUCAUUGACAAUGAAGACGACUCGAACGUGCAUGAAGAUGACGAUCCUGAACCGCCGACUGGAGAAAGAACGACAUCGAGAGGAUAUCGCAAACGUCUGAUCGGUCGAAUCAUACGAUACAGAUGCUACGACAUAGAUGAAACUGUCAAUUAUCAACGUGAGAUGGUACUGCUGUACUUGCCCUUUCGCAACGAAGUCGCUGACAUUGUUGAUUGUAAUAAAUUUAUACAAUUAUUCAAUGACAACAAGGAAACUAUCAUGGAACGCAGAAAACUUUAUGAGAACAAUAUUGACAUCGACAAAGUGAUGCAAGAGCUAGAAGCAAUGAUGAUUUUGCAAAAUUCAGACACUUGUGUAUGGCCCACGACUUCUAUGUAGGACUAAACGUCUAAUACAGCGAGUGAAAAAUGCUUGCACUCGGUUUUGUUUUGAUGUUCCCCCAAAAGCACACGUAACUCCAUUUUUGAAUAAUUUUGGGUUACUAAAAAUGAGAUCCAGACGAAAGUAUCAUUUGGCAGGUCUACUUUUCGGUGUUUUCAAUCAAGGUAAACCGAUAUACCUUCUUAAUAAAUUCACUUGGGCGGGUGAUGGUGGUGGAACGGAGUG